GCCUAAUGGGGUCAUCCGCCCUUCCACAAAGUCCGAUGGAAGACAGCAGAAGCAGCUCGCCCGACCAUGAUCUGACAUCUUUGUGAACUAUUCAAGCUCGGAAGAACUUAUCUUAGGUACAGACAAUCGGAGUACCACGAUUCCAGGAGGUAACAACAUCAUUCGCUACAAUGACGGGCAGCCAAAUUCUACCAAAAAGACUGGCCAUUGGAGUUGUUGGCCUUGGCCGGAUAGGACGACAGCAUGCAUUGAAUGCUUUGCACUACGUACCUCGCACUCACUUGCUAUGUGCAUGCUCGCCCAUGGAUGCCGACCACGAAUGGGCAAAUGAACACUUGGUACCAUAUGGUGUCAAGAUUUACCGCAGCUUUGAUGACAUGAUUCAGCACCAAGGCUUGGAAGCAUUGUUGAUUGCGAGCACUACCGUGGUACAUUAUGAGCAUGUCAUUGCUGGAAUCGAAAAAGGACUUCACAUUCUUGUUGAAAAGCCAUUGGCAAUGAACUCUGAGCAAAGUCGAAAGAUCUUGGAAAAGGCCAAGCAACCACAAAACGAACAUCUGAAAGUUAUGACUGCCUUCUCUCGUCGAUUUGACGCUUCAUACCGGAAUGCUGUGACGGCAAUACAACAAGGUCGCAUUGGUACACCAGCAAUGAUACGUUGCGACAACAGAGAUAAAUACGACCGAUCCGAAUUCUACAUGCGAUACAUCAUGUCAAAUCCUGGCAUUUUCAUCGAUACUGGUGUUCAUGAUAUCGACCUCACAUUCAACUUUCUUGGCCCCGGAGCACGACCAAAGUCUUGCCAUGCAGUUGGUACGAUAGCACUUCACAAAGAGCUCGCGCAAAUCCAGGAUGUAGACAAUGCUGUCGGAACUGUGGAAUGGUACCCUUCGCAGCCCGGAGACAUUGCUCCGAUAUCGUACUAUACGAUAUCUCGAAUAUCUCAGCCUGGCUUCGACAACCCAACUGAGAUCAUCGGGACUAAAGGGACGUUGAAGAUCAAUCUGCAUCCGAGAAGAGACUUGAUCGAGGUAGCUGACAAGAACGGCAUUGGGAACGGAGUAAUGCCAGACUUCUACGAGAGAUACGAGAAAGCUUUUGUCACAGAACUGAGUGUGUUUGCGGAUGCUGUGCUUGACGAUAAGCCACUACCAUAUGAGCUGGAUGUGGCAAUAAAAGGCAUGGAGCUUGCUGAAGCACUGCAAGAAAGUCUCAGGACUGGGAAGAAGAUUGAGUGGGAUGAAAAUGGUCAGCGCAUGCACUAAUACCGAAAAGUUGCGGAAAUGCGAUGCCGUGAGCCACAAAACCGUGCUCUUGUAGCACAUGAAGCUGCCUCAACGCGGUAGAGGCACGACCCAACCGCGCACCCUGUCAGCUGAAAUCAGACGCAGUCUGAUUCACCGAGUGGUCAAUACCAAUAGAAGAUAGACGCCACGCAGUAUCAGAAAAAUUGAUUUGGAGACUUAAACGCCCG